ACUCCGAGAGAGCCGCAAACCCGCUUCGGAGCAUCCGCGGAUAUCGGACGGGAAGAUGCCGAAGAAUGUGAUUAGCUGCGGAUUUCUGAGACGCAUAAAAGACGGCAUUGGUGAAAUAAUUUUUUUUUUCAUCAUUACUGCUGCUGUUGUGGGAUUUUCAAGCGAAUGAAGCCGAACUGCAGUGGAGCAUCGAUCUGAUGUGUGAGAGCUGGAGAGCGUCCAUUUGUAGGCGAAUGUUAAUUAGCCAUUAGGAAUAACUGGCUCCUUAUUUGUUUUAAUGAAUAUUCAUCAGUAAUUGGUUCUGAAGGUCCUGUAGAAAAUAUUUGGCCAAGAAUCCUACAAUAAAUUUCUUAUUAAUAAUUUAAAAAUACCAAUGGUUACACAAUUCAGUCAAACAGACGGGAUGUUGUUUCGGCUGAUUAUGUUGCUGUUACCUUGAAUAUUUUCCUGAUAGAAGUGCAAGUUGACCUUUCAAUACUCAUUGUGAUACACAAAAGCCAAUGAUGUCAAAAAACAAGAGCAGCGAAUCGGUGAAGGUGGUCGUUCGAUGCCGUCCGUUGAGCCUCAAAGAGGACUCCAGUGGUUCGGUAGGGAGUAUAGUCCAGAUGGACCUCCGUCUUGGACAGGUGAUCUUAAGAAACCCACGUGCACCAGCCAGUGAGCCCCAGAAAACAUUCACGUUUGACGCUGUUUAUGACGGAAACUCCAAACAGCGAGACCUGUAUGACGAAAGUGUGCGACCGCUGAUCGACUCUGUGCUCGCAGGCUUCAAUGGUACCAUAUUUGCUUACGGUCAGACUGGCACUGGGAAGACGUACACCAUGCAGGGUGCAUGGUUGGACCCGGAGAAACGAGGCGUGAUCCCAAAUGCUUUUGAUCACAUCUUCACAAACAUCUCCCGGUCCCAGGCUGACAGACAGUAUCUGGUGCGGGCAUCCUAUCUUGAGAUCUACAGAGAAGAAAUCCGGGAUCUCCUUGAUCCCAAUCAUGCAAAUGCCAGAUCUUUGGAUCUCAGGGAAAGCCCAGAGACUGGUGUGUAUGUUCGUGAUCUGACAUCGUGUGUAUGCAAAAGCAUAAAGGAAAUUGAAGAGGUAAUGAACCUGGGCAAUCAGGCAAGAGCAGUGGGAGCAACAGACAUGAACGAGCAUUCAUCUCGAUCUCACGCGCUGUUCUUGAUUACAGUGGAGUGUGGCCAGCCUGGACCAGAUGGCAGGAAACACAUCCGGGUUGGCCGCCUCAACCUGGUCGAUCUUGCAGGCAGCGAACGGCAAGCCAAGACAGGGGUCCAGGGAAAGCGCCUGAAGGAGGCUGCUAAAAUCAACUUGUCCCUGUCAGCACUGGGAAAUGUGAUCUCAGCACUGGCAGACGGACGCAGUGGUCAUGUACCAUAUCGGGACUCCAAGCUGACUAGGCUAUUGCAGGACUCACUCGGUGGGAAUGCCAAGACUGUGAUGGUUGCCACCUUAGGCCCAGCAUCCCAGCACUAUGAUGAGACCCUCACCACGCUCCGCUAUGCAAAUCGGGCCAAGAAUAUCCAGAACCAACCUAGAGUCAAUGAGGACCCCAAGGAUGCCCUACUUCGUGAGUUUCAGAGGGAAAUUGCACGCCUUAAGGCACAGCUUAAACACAGGAAGUGGAGGAGCAAACAAAAGAAGGAGCUAGUGGAUGGUGAGACCUGGGAAAGAGAUGGUGAUGAAGACACGGAGAUUGAGGAUGAGGUGGAGAAAGAUGGGCAGGAGUAUGUGAUGCAAGAGGCACAGGGGUUGGAGAUGAAGAAGGAUGCAAUUAGGGAGGACAAGUGUCUACUGGGUGAGGAGAAACAGAGACUUCUAGGAGAGAAGGCGAAGAUGAUGGGGAAUCUGAGGAAGGAGCAAGAAGCUACAGAGGAGCUGACUGCCAAGUACAAGGCAAUGGAGAGCAAAUUGCUGGUUGGUGGAAAGAAUAUCAUUGAUCACACCAAUGAGCAGCAGAAGAUGUUGGAGAUAAAAAGGCAGGAGAUUGCAGAGCAGACACGCAGGGAGCGGGAGAUGCAGCAGCAGAUGCUGGUCCAGGAUGAAGAGACAGUGGAGCUCAGGGAGACUUUCACUUCUCUGCAACAGGAGGUGGAAGCAAAGACCAAGAAACUCAAGAAGUACCUCAAGUUGUACGCCAAGCUGCAGUGCAUCAAAGCGGAGAUCCAGGACGUCAAUGACGAGCACGUGAGGAGCCGACAGGAGCUGGAACAAACCCAGAAUGAACUCACCAGAGAACUCAAGUUCAAGUACCUGAUCAUCGAGAACUUCAUUCCUCCAGAAGAGAAGAAUAAGAUCAUGAACAGACUGACCUUUGACCCUGAGGAGGAUCAGUGGAAGUUCCAGCCUAUAGUCCCCUCAGAAAGUAAAUCCUCACAGUUGAAGAAGAGGCCGGUGUCUGCAGUCGGAUACAAACGGCCCAUCAGCCACUACGCCAGGGUUGCUAUAGCAAUGGGAGCACAUUCCAGAUACAGGGCCGAGAACAUCAUGUUUCUGGAACUGGACAUGACUCCUCUCAACACAUCAACAGGGGUGGAGCCAAACCAAAGUCCCUCCCUGAACAACUCCCCCACUAAGGACAGAGGCGGAUGUGUCCGCAGGUCCCGCUCUUGGUGUCACACUCCAAAAUCCAUCACCUCGUCUUCGUCCAGUGUGUCCCUGGUGGCAUGUCACACUGCCACGCCCACUGCUGCACAGUGAAACAGCAUCAACAAUGUAGUGAAGAGGAGUUUUAUUUAUUUUAUUUCUCUUCUUGCUCCUUUCCCCUUCUUGUUGCUUCUUCAGACCUCUCAGACAACUGGGACUCAAAUGAGUGGUGCUGAUUGUUGACAUAAAGGUGCUAUGAAUUAAUUUUCUGCCACUAGAUGUCACACUUGCACCACACUUCAGGACGUAAACAAAAAUUCCCCUCCUUGGCAACUCCUCCUCCCUAUCAAGCACAAGGAAUGGUAUUUGGAGCUUUUAAGAGCCCUAACAGGUCUUUAUGUGAGGACAAACCAGGGGUAUGUG